AUGAACGAAAACCCCAAACGACAAUGGUCCCUCAACGACUUCGAGAUAGGCAAGCCUCUCGGCAAGGGCAAAUUCGGUAGAGCCUAUGUAGCCAGAGAAAUCAAGAGCAAAUUUGUGGUUGCAUUGAAGAUUAUUUAUAAGGAACAAGUUAAGAAGUACAAGAUUCGUCAUCAAUUAAAGAGGGAAAUGGAGAUUCAGAUGGGUCUUAAGCACCCCAACAUUCUGCGUCUCUAUGGUUGGUUUCAUGAUUCUGAGCGUGUUGUCUUAAUUCUUGAAUAUGCUCACAAUGGUGAGCUUUACACGGAGCUUAGUAAAAGAGGUCGUUUUACUGAGAACCAAGCUGCCACGUAUAUUCUCAGCCUCACAAAGGCAUUGGCAUAUUGUCAUGAGAAGCAUGUUAUUCACAGGGAUAUCAAGCCUGAAAAUUUGCUGCUUGACCAUGAGGGUCGUCUUAAGAUUGCAGACUUCGGUUGGUCUGUACAGUCUAGAAGCAAAAGACAUACCAUGUGCGGAACCUUGGAUUAUUUAGCACCUGAAAUGAUAGAAGACAAAGGUCAUAAUUAUACAGUUGAUAAUUGGACUCUGGGUAUCCUUUGCUAUGAGUUCCUUUAUGGUGCUCCUCCAUUUGAGGCUGAGAGUCAAGCUGACACCUUCAGAAGGAUAAUAAAGGUUGACCUAAGCUUCCCUACUACCCCUUACGUUUCUUCCGAUGCCAAAAAUCUUAUUAGCCGGCUCCUGGUAAAAGACUCCUCACAUAGGCUCUCACUUCAGAAGAUAACGGAGCAUCCUUGGAUAAUCAAGAAUGCAAAUCCUAUUGGUGUCUGCAAGUAGUAUCAACUUUUAGUCA